CUCUACUGGCCUGGCCGGCCGGACCUGGCAUCAGCGCCGGGCGUGGUUGCUGCUAGCUGCUAGCUGCUGCAUCGCUAGCUAGAUAUAACCCGAAACUCACUCCACCACUCGUUUCAUGGAACCCUAGACGGAAAAGUACCUUCUCAAUAAGAUUCCCCCACCAUCACCACGCCCCCGCAGCAGGAGAGAAGCUAGAGAUCCCGAGAAGGCCGCAGCCGGCGCGCAUAUAUCUGUGUCGUCGUCAUCGCCAUCACCCAUGCCCCCGGCCGGAGCGAGCUCCUCUUCCAACCCCCCGAGUCAUUUCUCGUAGUGCCCGGCCGGCCGCCACCAGCGACUGAGCGAUCGAGCGGCGAGCCGUCCUUGCUCCGUCCUCCCCUCUGUCCCCGAAUCCAUUUCCGUGUGUGUGCUGAGCUAGCCGCCCCUGCACAAAUCGAUCAUAAAGCAGCGAGCGAGCCGCGGGGGAAGAAGAUGAUGAACCUAUCGGCUGCCGCCAACGCCUGCGAUGAGUUCCCCUACGUCGCUUCCAACCCGGCUCCGCCCUCGCUGCUCCCAAUCAUGGAGCAGGAGAGCAGCAUCCAGAGGGAGCAGCUCGGGUACAACCUCGAGGCCAGCUCCCUGGCCCUCCUCCCACCGUCCAACGCCGCCGCCGCCGCCGCCGGCGGCCACCACCACGCCACCAUCGCCGGCCACAGCCCCCACGACAUCCUCCAAUUCUACCCUUCCUCGCACUACCUCGCCGCCUCCGGCAACCCCUACAGCCACUUCUCCGGGGGCACCUUCCAGUCGUACUACCCGCAGGCGGCGCAGGCCGCGCCCGAGUACUACUUCCCCACCCUCGUCAGCUCCGCGGAGGAGAACAUGGCGAGCUUCGCGGCCACGCAGCUGGGCCUCAACCUCGGCUACCGGACGUACUUCCCGCCACGAGGCGGGUACACCUACGGCCACCACCCGCCGCGAUGCCAGGCCGAGGGCUGCAAGGCCGAUCUCUCCAGCGCCAAGCGCUACCACCGCCGCCACAAGGUGUGCGAGCACCACUCCAAGGCGCCGGUCGUCGUCACCGCCGGAGGACUGCAUCAGAGGUUCUGCCAGCAGUGCAGCAGAUUCCAUCUGCUGGAUGAGUUCGACGACGCGAAGAAGAGCUGCAGGAAGCGCCUAGCGGACCACAACCGCCGCCGGCGUAAGUCAAAACCUUCCGAUGCUGAUGCCGGAGACAAGAAAAGGGCACAUUGGAACAAAGCUGCAGCUGCUAAAGACAAAGCAGGAAGUAGCAGCAAGAACAUGGACAUUGGAGACGGGUUGGGUACACAGAUACUAGGGAGUGCACUCUUGUCAGAAGAUCAAGAUCAAGCCAUGGAUCUUGGGGAGGUGGUGAAAGAAGCGGUGGAUCCCAAGGGAAAGGCCUCGAUGCCGCAGCAUCACGGCAUCCACCAUCAGCAGAACCACCACGGCUUCCCCUUCCAUUCUUCGUCUGCAGGCUCUUGCUUCCCCCAGACCCAAGCAAUGUCCGGUGAUACCACAUCAAAUAUAGCUCAAGUGCAAGAGCCGAGCUUAGCUUUCCACCACCAACACCACCAACACAGCAACAUCUUGCAGCUCGGGCAGGCGAUGUUCGAUCUCGACUUCGAGCACUAGCUAGUCAAUAUUUGAUCGACCUUCUCCCCCUCCUUCUCUAUAUCUCUUUUCUCUCUCUUGUUUGCGCGCGUAAUCCGAACGUUUUUUUUUCAUAUUUAAGUUAUCUGUGUUAAUUACUGUAAUGUGGACAUAAUAAUAUAGCCUAUGCUUGCCAUGCAAUCAUCUAUAUCAUAAUC